ACAAGCUCUGAUCAGCACCUUAACGGAGUCUUUUCCUAGUCUUUCUUACCUCUAAUUCCAUUCUACGUCAUGGCAUCUGUCUCUAGUUUCUCAUAUGCUCUAGUCUUCUUCUUGUUCUUCUUCUUUGCUGCAAUAACCUCAGCUCAGCUAUCAUCGACAUUCUAUGACACUUCAUGCCCCAAUGCUUUGUCUACCAUCCAGAGUGCUGUCAAGGCCGCUGUUGCCAAGGAGGCUCGCAUGGGGGCGUCGUUGCUCCGACUCCAUUUCCACGAUUGCUUUGUUCAAGGCUGCGACGGUUCCGUGCUAUUGGAUGACACUUCCACGUUCACAGGGGAAAAGACGGCAAAGCCCAACAUCAACUCCAUUAGAGGUUUUGAUGUGAUCGACACCAUCAAAUCCCAGGUCGAAGCUGUCUGCAACCAAACCGUGUCGUGUGCCGACAUCCUGGCUGUAGCUGCUCGUGAUUCAGUCGUUGCGUUAGGUGGCCCUUCAUGGACCGUGCUAUUAGGAAGGAGAGACUCCACGACAGCAAGCCUGAGCUUAGCCAACAGUGACAUCCCUCCCCCAACCUCGGAUCUCAGCGCCCUCAUCUCAGCCUUCUCCAAGAAGGGCCUCAGCACCUCCGACAUGGUAGCUCUCUCAGGUAGUCACACAAUUGGCCAGGCGAGGUGCACGAGCUUCCGGGCUCGGAUCUACAACGAGACCAACAUAGACUCCUCCUACGCCACCUCGCUCCAGUCCAACUGCCCGGUCUCUGGCGGCGACAACAACCUCUCACCCCUCGACGUCUCCACGCCGACCACCUUUGAUAACUUCUACUACAGAAAUCUUGUGAACAAGAAGGGGCUCUUGCACUCGGAUCAGCAGCUCUAUAAUGGAGGUUCCACCGACUCCCAAGUGAGCUCCUACAACACCAACUCUGCCACGUUCUUCAGCGACUUCGCCGCUGCCAUGGUGAAGAUGGGGAACAUCAGUCCUCUCACAGGUUCCAGUGGGGAGAUAAGGAUCAACUGUAGGAAAACUAAUUAAGAAAUGUGCACUGAUUUGUUCUCUCUCUUUCUCUUUUUACUUGGUUAAUAAUAGUGCACGUCCCUUAUGUUCUUUAGCAAUUAUAUGAACUCAUUUUAUAAAAAGAAUAUAAAGGAAUGCAGACGUAGAAAUUACUUGA